CUAUAGCUCGGCUUGGCAGCAAGACGCUGGCAACAGCAGGCUCCCUGCUCUGGUCCAGCCUGUGCGCUCCACCGCCGCUGCGGUCGCCAUGCCCACUGCCUGGUGCUCCAUCGCCCUGGCCCUGCUGCUGGCCCUGCACGAAGGCAAGGGCCAGGUGGCUGCUGCCCCAGACCACCCAGCACCCUCGCCCCGUGCCCGAGCCUCCCACCUGCGGGCCCGACGUUGCUCCUGCAGCUCCUGGCUCGACAAGGAAUGCGUCUACUUCUGCCACCUGGACAUCAUCUGGGUGAACACUCCUGGACAGACAGCUCCUUACGGCCUGGGAAAUCCGCCAAGACGCCGGCGCCGCUCCCUGCCAAAGCGCUGUGAGUGCUCCAGUAGCAGGGACCUCACCUGUGCCACCUUCUGCCAUCGAAGGCCCCAGUCUGAAGCCAUGGGAGUCCCCGGCAGCGGACCCCCUCCGGACGUGUUCCAGGAUGGCAGGAUGUGGCCAUCAGCAGGAGGACUCCUCUGGCAGCUGAGGGACAUUUCUGCAGCCAAGAGCCGCUUUGCUAGGCAACAACAGGUGGCAGCGAGGGAACUGAGGCCUGCACACCCCACGCGGAGGAAGAGAUAGCGCUGGUUCCCAAGGAAUGCCGGGAAGGAGCCUGUGUGCAGCCAGGAGGAGAGGGGGCAGCCCAGGCCCACCUGCUGGGAUGGCACACGCUCUGGCCUCCUUGUGCAAGUGAGGGAACUUCCCUCCAGGCAGCUCAUGCCCUCACGCUGCCCGGGAAAGCCUUCAGCCACGACCCCCUGCCCUCAACGGCCCCAGCCCCACCACACCGCUGGAAGGAACUGCAUGAGGAGUGUGCUAACCUGGAGGCCACGUCCUGAGAGGUUUCCUGUCUGUCAGCUAUAAACCAGGAUCGCUGUGCAGCUGUGGACAGUCAGGCCCAAGCCAGCCCUGGAGGCUGGACGGGUCCGCCUAAGGCCUGAUAUCCUGGGUGCCCCCGCCCCCCACCGUCUGACCCUUCUAGCUCUGCCUCCCCAGAGUCCUCCUACCCUCCUACCCUCGGGAUGCUCCUGGUGAGAGCAGCCUGCUCUAUGUCACCUGCCUGUAUAUAACUUAUUUGCUCUAAGAACUUCGAGAAUUCCACUUAUUUAUUUUAAUGUAUUUUUGUAGACUCAAUUGUUUACCUUCGGACUUGCGUUUAUAAUAAACAAUGAAAUGG